UUUUUGGGAGAGAACAUAAAACCAGGGGAGAAGGAGACAAAUAAGAGCGGCACGAGCGGGCGAGCGAGCGAGCUUGAGCGAUAGGGGGAGAGGGGGAAGGAGAGAGUUCCUCUGCAAUUUAGGGUUUUGAGAAAUCGGUCAGGAGACGAGUGUGAGAGAUUUAUAGAGAGAGGAUUUGUGAGAACUCUCGAGAGCUUUUUUGAGUGUGUUAGGGUUUUCGCUACGAUUUCAAUUUUAGGCGCCGGUUCCCCUAUAUUAUCAUGGAGCGAAAGCUUGUGGUAUUGGGUAUUCCUUGGGAUGUGGAUACGGACGGUCUGAGAGAAUACAUGAGCAAAUUCGGGGACUUGGAGGAUUGCAUUGUUAUGAAGGAGAGGUCUACAGGAAGAUCUCGUGGUUUUGGAUAUGUAACAUUUGCAUCAGCUGAUGACGCUGAGAAUGCAUUAUCAAGUGAGCACUUCCUUGGCAACAGGAUGCUGGAAGUAAAAAUAGCCACACCAAAGGAGGAGAUGAGAGCACCUGUAAAGAGAGUAACUAGGAUAUUCGUGGCCAGGAUUCCUCCAUCUGUAACUGAAUCAACCUUCCGAAGUCAUUUCGAGAAGUAUGGUGAUAUAACAGAUCUGUACAUGCCAAAGGAUCAAGCUUCAAAAGCUCAUCGUGGAAUUGGGUUUAUCACUUUUGCAAGUGCAGAAUCUGUAGAAAAUCUGAUGGCUGAUACUCAUGAACUGGGAGGUUCUGCGGUAGUUGUUGAUCGGGCAACACCUAAGGAAGAUGACUUUAGGCCAAUAGGCAGAAUGGCACAGGUUGGAUAUGGAGCUUACAAUGCUUAUAUGUCUGCUGCUACUAGAUAUGCAGCUCUAGGUGCUCCUACUUUAUAUGAUCAUCCAGGUCCAUUGUAUGGAAGAGGGGAACCCAGUCGGGGGAUGGGCAAAAAGAUCUUUGUUGGCAGGCUCCCUCAGGAGGCCACCACUGAUGAUCUUCGUCAGUACUUUGGUAGAUUUGGACGAAUAUUAGAUGUUUAUAUUCCUAAGGACCCUAAGAGAACUGGUCACAGGGGGUUUGGUUUUGUCACCUUUGCUGAAGAUGGUGUAGCAGACCGUGUAUCUCGUAGAUCACAUGAGAUCUGUGGACAGCAGGUGGCAAUAGAUUCUGCAACACCACUUGAUGAUGCUGGCCCCAGUGGGAAUUUCAUGAUGAGUAGUGCGGAAUCCUUUGGGGGUUAUGGUGGUCCUAUGCGAACCUAUGGCAGGAUGUAUGGAAGCCUGGAUUUUGAUGAUUGGGGUUAUGGAAUUGGCAGUAUGAGACCAUCCAGAGCAGACUGGAGGUAUAGGCCAUACUAAAAAGUGGUUGCAAUACCUUGGAGAUCCUUCAAGUCAAGUAAUGCUGCUUUAAAUGAUUCGAUCGUUUCGAAGUUCAAUUGGUGAUUGUUUGGUAAUGACAUUUUAAUUAUUAAUUAUGUUACGUUAGUUUCCUUCACCGGGCAUAAAAUGUUGAAUUCUGGUGUAAACAUAGCAUUACAGGGUGAUGGGAACUAGAUUGACAUAGUUUAUUUGUUUGUAUCUUUGUACGAAAACACUGAAUCUAAGACGUUCUCAUGCUUAGGAAUUUGCUGCACUGUAACAUACUACUUGUUUAGCCAUACCAUCUGGCUUAACUAUAUGUUCGUCUCAUUCAAUAACAAAUCGCUGCUUCA